AUGGCCGCCAUCUUCUUCAGAAGCUACAAUGUUUAUGUCCUUACGUUUAGUUUUAUUACAGCUUCUGCUUUUCUCAGGUUUGUAAAAUGUGAGGCCCGCGUGACAGGAAUAAGUCCUGUCGGUGAUUCAGGUGGUAAAUCAUCCAUCGUGGAUGGUGUUCUCGUAAUAGCUGCGGAUAAUUUAGUGACGCUACGAUUCUACGGUGCAGGGUUUACGCAUAACUCUCGCGUUGCUUUUACGACUACCGCGGGAAAAUCUCAGACAAAAUGCGAUGAGGAUCGAACGAAGCCUGUAGAGUUCACUGCAAACAACCUUCAGCAGUAUGUAGGAGAAGCCAAAGUGAGUUUACCGAAGGAAAGCUGUGGGAAACCGCAUUAUGUCUGCCUUCAGUCCAGCAAUGAAAGCGAAUGGUUACAUCAAGGGGGUUCAGACGAUCCUCUUCUUCAGGUUAAGUGCGAAGGAAAGACUGAUCUACCUCUGUGGCUGAAGAUAUCAUUUAUCGUAGUUUUGAUGUUGCUGUCAGGCUUGUUCUCCGGGCUCAAUUUGGGGCUAAUGGCUCUUGAUCCAACAGAGCUUAAAAUUGUCAUGAACUGCGGCAAUUCCAACGAACAAAAGUACGCCAAAAGUAUCACUCCACUACGCAAACAUGGGAAUUACCUUCUCUGUACGUUGUUGUUGGGCAAUGUUUUAGUAAAUACGUCCUUCACAAUUCUUUUGGACGGUUUAAUCGGCAGCGGAAUUGCUGCUAUUUUGGGUUCCACCGCUGGAAUUGUUAUAUUUGGCGAAAUAAUGCCUCAAAGUAUUUGUUCCAGGCAUGGUUUGGCUGUGGGUGCACACACCAUUUGGAUAACGAGAUUUUUCAUGAUAGUCACUUUUCCUGUGUCUUUUCCUAUUAGCAAGAUUUUAGAUUGGAUAUUAGGUGAUGAGAUAGGCACAGUAUACGAUAGGAGACAGUUACAAGAAAUGUUAAAAGUUACUGCAGAAUUCAAUGAUUUGGAAGGUGAUGAAAUGAACAUCAUCUCUGGAGUAUUAAAUUACAAGAGUAAAACUGUCGAAGAGGUUAUGACUAAGUUAGAUGACUGUUAUCUACUGGAUAUAUUGUCCAUCCUUGAUUUUAGAACUAUUGCAAGCAUUAUGCAAUCAGGGCAUAGUCGCAUUCCCGUGUUUGAUGGUGAGCGGCAUAAUAUUGUGGGCUUGUUACUGGUUAAAGACUUAGCUUUUAUUGACACGGAUGACUGUACUCCACUGCGCUCUGUUAUUAAAUUCUACAAUCAUCGUGUUCAGCGAGUCUAUGAUGAUGUGCAUUUGGAUACAAUGCUUGAAGACUUUAAAAAGGGGAAUUCGCACUUGGCAGUAGUUCAACGUGUGAAUAACGAGGGUGAAGGAGACCCCUUUUAUGAAGCCAUAGGUAUUGUUACUUUGGAAGACAUCCUUGAGGAAAUAAUCCAGUCAGAGAUUGUGGAUGAAACAGACAUCUAUUGUAAGUAUAGUAUCUCUUUGAUAAAUAAUUUGUAUUGAUUAGCAUGUAUAUUAUACAUUUUUUUGCAGGAGUAAAACAAACAUUGAGAAACUAGAGCUCAUGAGAAUUUAAAGUAGUCUAUGUGGGUAACCACAUCACCACAGUUUGAAUAAUGAAAGAAAUCUUUCUUUGCAAGAAGUUACAUUAUUUUCCAUACCUGUCUUAUGUUCAGUGAUAAAGCUCGAUGUGCUUUGAAAAUUGUUAAAAAAAAAAUGAAGAAAUAGAAAAUUUAUUGUCAUUGGUGAACUAUUUAAUAUCAACAACAUCAAUAUACAUGUCAAUUUCAGCUAUUAAAACACAUGAUAUUAUUCACUUUUUGGAAUGAUUAUUGGCCAAUGUUGUUUCACCAAAAUUGUUUAAAAUAAAUUACAAUAUUUUAAGAUUGAAGUAAGCUGCUUUAUACUUAUUAGGUCCAGUUUUUCCUGAGAUUUUCUUAAAGUAACAGAGGUGCAAAUGGAAAAACUUGUUUUGAAAAUAUUGUUGUUUAUUGUGAAAAAUUUGUGGCUUGAAGUUCACUAUCAUUAAUUAUAAAAGCCUGCAUUGAUUUGGCUCUUCUUUAACCUUGAAGUUGGUUCGAUUUGAUUAUUACCCACAAAUAAAAUUUUCAGUAAUAUAAGCAAUUGAAUACACUGCAUUUAUGUGCAAGUAAAUAUUUCUUCAUCCUCAUCUUCUAAUACACACACUGUAAUGAAAAAGAAAAUGCUUAAUGCAAAUCAGGUGUAAUUUCCCAAUUUAAACCAUUUUUCCAGAUUCUGUAGUAUCUUUUUUAUUUAAUUAAAAAAAUGUAUAUGUAAAAGUCACAGGAUACCUGUGAAAUAUCAGCAUGAGAUAUUCAAAAGAGAUUAAGUGGCUUGGUGUUUCACAGGAGAAUUGCUUAAUACCCUAGAAAAUAGCUUUAAAUACUGUUUGUCCUUAAUUUUAUUCCAUUUUUUCUUGUUUUUUUGUUUUUCUUUCUCUCUUUCUUUUUUAUUUUGUCUUGUUUUUUUUUUCUGUCUUUGUGUGUCUGUUGCCCAAGUUUACAGUUAUCUUAUUUUAUAAAUCUGAUCCUGUACUUGGUGUGAUUAUAUUGAUUGUCUGGCACCCAGGUGUUUUGAGUGUUUUUUCAUAAAAUUAAUGUUAACUAUUUGAAAUGGUUUGUAGCUCAGUUCCAAGAGUAUUUGACGGUUUAUCAUUACCCUGCUUUUAACUAAACAAUACCCUCACCAUUAGUUGGGUCUUAUAGAAUAAAGUUAGAGAAAUGUUGACAAGCAGACUCUUGACAGAAGACAGAGAGAAAGGUCGAAAAAAGAGUGUGGUUGUGUGGGCGCACAGUAUUUUGCAGGUACUCUAUAUCUGGUUUCCAUGUUUUCAACUUGUUUCUUUCUUGUAUUUAACAGUGGAUAAUAAAUCUAGACAAGUCAUCCAAGGACGAAAGGGCCCUGUUGAUUUAUCGUUUUUCACAGAAGAGCAGCAGAAGCCAAAAGUGUCUCCCCAGCUACAGCUAGCGAUACUGCAGUAUCUUACCACAGGUGGGAAGUUCAAAUGAUUUAAUAUGAUCCUUUUUAAGCCAUGGGUUACUGGUGGUCUUCUGCCUCUCAAAAGACCUCUCAUUGCUGUCUGUGUAGCCUCAGAGUGGGUUUUUGUGUUUGGAUUUUGCCUCACAGGUCCUUUUUUGGGCACAGCUGCUUUUUACACUCUGCUCACAGAAAAUGUUAUUGAAACACUUGUUUUUAGCAAUGUAAAUACAGUACUACUCACAUAUCUUAAAUGCAGGUGUAGGUAUUAAUAAACUUUGCAUCUGAGCCCAGAUGUGGUCUGGUAUUUUGAGUUUCUUAAUGAUCUUCUUUGCUGCAAUGCUGAUGUGCUGUGUUCUUUGUGACAGUUGUAGAAGCAUUCAGCAAUGAUGUCAUCUCUUUCAACAUGCUGAAGCGUUUAAUCAACCAGCCUGAUGUUGUCCAAGAGAUCAAAUUACAUGAUGAGAUGGAUGACAACCUGAAGUUCCUGUACAAGAAAGGAGUUGUGGCUGAAUUCUUCACUCUGAUUAUUCAAGGAAAAGUUGAAGUUACUAUUGGACAAGAUGAGCUCACAUUCGAAGAGGGCCCCUUUACUAGCUUUGGCACAAAGGCACUACUGUCAUCACUGAAUGCAAAACCCCUCGGUCAGUACAUUCCAGACUACUCUGUGCGCGUGGUUACAGAUGUUAUGUGCUUGAAAAUACCAACAGGAAUGUACAAGCAGGCAGUGCGUGCAACUUUAAUGGGACGGGAGUCAGAGCCAGAUGGGACCAUUCCAGGAUCAAAUGGAAUGAAUCAUAGAAAUGGCCCACAACUGCAGCCUGGCAAUAUUUACUUGGAAACAACUUGUUAAUGUAAUCAUUUUUGCAUAAGACUAUGAAAGAAUUACACUGUAUAAAAUAUUAAGGCUAGGAUCCAAAUUUUGUUCAUGUCAAAGAAAUUACACAAAACUAUGCAUUUGAUUUAACAUAAAUGAUUUGUUAAGCUUUUAUUUUUUCCAGUAUACUGAAUAAGAUAAGAAUGAAGAUGGCUUACCAUCUUUUCUUUGAAAAGUGCUUCUAGCUGAUAUGAUUUAGACAGUAUAACAUUUUUUCUCUUGUUUUUAAAUGGAAAUUACUUUGAGAAUGACUUGGAUAGAACAAUUUGGCACAAAUUCAGUUACACUACACAAAUAUGUCCUUUUGAUUUUUUAUUUGUGUUUUGACUUGAGAAGCUCCGUAAAGUUCCUUGUUACCAUCAAUCUUCAUCCCUACAAACUCCCAAGAUAUUAUUGUUAAUUCUGCCCUUUAGCUACUACACAAUUCCUAGUAGAUCAGUAACAAGAAUUUGGUGUUUCAUCAAGAUAACAGCUUCUACCUGAUAGGUUUGAAUAUUCCUGUUUACCUGUUUGCUGGAUAGUGUAUGGAUAUUUAAGGGUGCAAUUUUACGUUUAUCACUUCUGGGAGUUAGGGUAUAAAAGCUGAAACAUCAAAGUUUAACUGAAAUCCUCUGAACACAAUUCAGAGGAUAAUAUUUGAGCCUUCUGGAAUGACUCCAAUUUCAUAGCUCACAUGUCAAAAAAUGCAGUAAUUUUUGAAAAAAAUUUGUAUCAGAUCAAACUGGGUUUUUUGAUUUAAUGUUUCAAAUGAAAUUUUAUAGGAAUGGAAACCAGCUUGAAAUUGUUCCUAUCGUUUGUUAUGCCUUCAAGUUUAGUUGCUGUUGGGGAUUAAUUUAAUGGAUGAAUUGGUUUUUGAAAUAUUUAAUGAUACAGUGAAAUUUCACAUGUUGACUUCCAUUUUACCACUUGUGGUAAUUAAAUCAAAUUAACAUUUAUGCAUUGGACAAGAAGAAAAGUAGAGCAUGAUUAUGUUUUCUCUUCUAAGAGACAACGAAAUAAGAGAGUUCAUAAUUAGUGAUCCGAUGUUUGCUGAAUCACUUUCAAUCUCUUAGUUCAAUAAAAUUAAUCACGAUAG